AUGCCUUCCAAAUCAAGUACUUACAAUUUAAGACCAUUUGCCGAAGCACCCUUGUCCUCCUCAAAGGAAAAGCCAAUAGAAUUAGAAUCAAUCGAUUUAUCUUUAUACAAAGACGGUCCUGAAAACCUUCCUGCAAGGAAGCAGUUGGCCGACAAGAUUGAAAAAUCACUAUCUACGUAUGGGUUCAUCUCUGUGAUUAACCAUGGAUUGGAAGUGGAGAAAUUGGAGCACCUCAAAUCAGUUGCACAGGCAUUGUUGGAGUUACCUGUGGAGGAACAAAAGAAGCACUUGGCUGGUGCUCUCAAAUCCGAUCUUGAAGACCGCUCGAAAUCCAUUGGUGCUGAAAGAGGAUCCGGUUUCAAACCAAAAGGUUACUGGUCCAUGAGGAACGGCGUUGAAGACUCCAUCACCCACUACAACUUUAACCACAUGAACCAUUUGCGAUUCUUUGACACACACGCCAACAAUUAUCCCGAAGUGGUCAAGGACCAUCUUACAGAAAUUGCCGAGUAUUAUCAUUUCCUACACACAGACACUUUGAAAAAAAUUUCCAAUUUGACUGAUUUGGUGUUGGAGCUUCCUGAAGGAUUCAUUUAUGACAACUAUUAUGCCAUUAAAGAAGGUGAUUUUGAUGGAUCGGGCGGGGGCGCCGGGAGAUUCAUGCUUUAUGAUGCCAUGCCUCCUGAAGACCAAAAGAAGGUUGAUAAUACAUGGUUGAGAGGACACUCUGAUAGUGGUGGAUUUACAUUUAUCACGUCACAACCUAUUUUGUCGUUGCAAAUCCGUGAUUACUAUACUGGAGAAUGGAACUAUGUUGGGCAUACGCCUAAUGGAUUGAUUGUUAAUAUUGGCGAUGCGAUGGAAUUUAUCACUGGUGGGUAUUUCAAGUCGUCUAUUCACAGAGUUGUUUCUCCUCCAGAUGACCAAAAAAAUUACAGAAGGUUGGUGUUGAUCUAUUUUAGCAAGCCUAAGGAGACAGCAAUACUUGACCCAGAGCCAUUGAAUUCCCCCAAGUUGAAACGCUUGGGUUAUAACAAGCCUGAAGAAUGGGAAAAGAUUGACUAUGCUGCUUGGAACAAAAUCAAGUCAAGCUUAUUUGGAAGAAAAGCCAUCAAUGAUACAAAAUCCGAGGAGCCAAAGUUGGUUUUAUUGCAUGGAAGAUUGCACGAGAGAUGGCAUCAAGCUGAGGCAAAUUUCAGCUUGAAUGAAGCUUUAAAGAAGUUCGACGUUAUCACGUUAGAGAGUUGA